UGUAACUUCAGCCUCUUGAUUCCACUUGGAUACGUUUACACUCAUUUUAUGAUCGAUGGAAUCGAUUGGGAAGUUUGAGUUCAACAGGAGAGACCUGAUUGGCCACGGAGCCUUUGCAGUUGUGUUUAAGGGGCGACACAAAGAGAAACGUAAUUACGAAGUUGCUGUCAAGUGUAUCAACAAGAAAAACUUGGCCAAAUCACAAUCCCUGCUCGGCAAGGAAAUCAAGAUAUUGAAGGAACUCAAACAUGAGAAUAUUGUUGGACUUCUCGACUACCAGGAAAUGGGGGGAUGUGUGUAUCUCGUCAUGGAGUACUGCAAUGGAGGUGACCUGGCAGAAUAUCUACACUCUAAAGGCACCCUGAGUGAGGACACCAUACGUGUUUUCCUGCAGCAGAUUGCAGAGGCCAUGAAGGUCCUGCAGAGCAAAGGCAUCCUCCACAGGGACCUCAAACCGCAGAAUAUUUUGCUCUGUCAUCGAGAAGGGGCCAGGUCCAGCCCCAUCAAUACCUGCAUCAAGAUAGCUGACUUUGGUUUUGCACGCCAUCUGCAAACAAACACUAUGGCAGCCACGCUGUGUGGCUCCCCAAUGUAUAUGGCUCCAGAGGUCAUCAUGUCACAAAACUAUGAUGCCAAGGCUGAUCUGUGGAGUAUAGGUACUAUUGUGUACCAAUGUCUGACUGGAAAAGCCCCUUUUCAUGCCAGUACACCCCAGGAGCUACGCCUCUUCUAUGAAAGUAACAGGAACCUCCUUCCCAGCAUCCCCAGGGAGACCUCAAGCCAGCUCCAGCACUUGCUCCUUGGCCUUCUACAGAGAAACGACAAGGAACGGAUGAACUUCGCGGAGUUUUUCCACCAUCCUUUCUUGGAAUUAAGUUCAUCCUCAAAGAAAUUUUCUCCUGCUCCCAUGCUUUCCUACCCCAGUUCUGGCUCUGGCAGCUCCUGUAGCAGCUCCUCCACAUCUCAUCUGGCCUCCCCUCAACAUUCCGAUGGAGAGAUGCAUCAAUUUCCACCCAAGGCCCUGCCAAUCUCCACCAAAGAUACCCCUGGCUUCCUGUUGAAAGAUGUUCCCAAUCAGGAAAGUGGCAAUACCUCAUCUUGCACAGAUGACUAUGUGAUGGUGCCGGCUGAGUUUCCCAGUGACUACGCAUGUACAAUGGGAGAUGGGUCCCCCAUUGAUGUCAGCCUGAUUUACAGUGGCAAGCCUUUUGAGUUUGGUGGCAGCAACUACCACCAAUCUGUGCCCAUUCCUGUGCCAACUCAGAUCCACAACUACCAGCGCAUGGAACAGAACCAACAACCUGCAGGGUUGCAUGGCUGUACAAAGUCUGCACUCGACUGUGCUGGAGACCAUGCUAAAGACCUCCCACGUGGUGUAGGAUGUGGUGCUCCUGGUUUCGGCUCUGUCCUCAGAUCCCCAAGGCCGGAGGGGGGAGGAGCUCAACCUCAUCAGUCAUCCCCAUUAGUGUCAGCCACCCCUAAGACUUCAGAGCAGACUUUCCCACUUAGCACAAGGACCGAAAUGCUAGCUGGGUCUCCUGUCUUGCAGCACAACUCCAUUUGCAGGCAUAAGAUUCAGAAAGGAAAUACUGAGUCCACUCUACCUGGCUCUCAGAGCCCCAAGGUUCCAGUGAUGACUCUGAACCAAAGAAGCACUGUCCUGGAUUUGCAGACCUAUGGCCUAUCCUCUGGUUCCCAUAACAACCUCACCAGGACAACAGAGAAUAAAAAUGGACCCUUCAAAAAGUCACUGAGCACAGGCCGGCUGUCUGAUAUGCUGCUGAAGGCUGUCUGUGGAGCUCAGCUUUUAGAGGGACAGAGUGAUGAGAGCCUCAGUUUGGAGAAAGGCAUGGACACAGCAGCUCCAUCUAGUGGUUGUUAUGCAGCUGCUGCCUCUGACAGUUCAACUGCAGUGGUCUUCACAGUUGGUUCUCCAUCCUGCAGAAAUACUCCUCCUGAUACGAAUGUGUCUAGGAUGUUCUUAGGGUUCCCAAGCUAUAUUAGUUCAGCCCGACUCUUCAGCAGUCAUCUGCUCCAGAGAGGGGCCUGCAGAGAGAGUGAUAGUGAAGUCAUGGAUGCUACGCCACACAGCAGCCUGGUCUUUCACCCUCCAGAGCUCCCUGAAGAUACUCUGAUAGAGCAAGCACAUACAGAGGCCCUGCUGAAUCUCCGUUUCAACUUAGCUUUUGUUUACUGUGUCAUGGAAAUAGCUUCCUUUAAGGACCCAGGGCUGGAUUCUUGCAGUGGCCCCGACGUGUCCUUUCUGCAACAGAGCCUGGUGGCUGAUCAGAUCAGUCUUUUAAGCAAAGAGUGGAGCUAUGCAGAGCAGUUAGUCCUGUACAUGAAAGCUGAGGAGUUUCUGUCAUCAGCAUUACACACUGCUAAAGAGGAUAUCAAGGAGAGAAGACUCUUCCCCUCUCCAACAGUGAAGCAAGUGAUUAGAAAGCUGAACGAGUUGUACAAGUGUUGUGUCACAUAUUGUCGCUCCCUCAAUGGACAGCUGCAAGGCUUCCUGCUCAGCAAACAGAAGCUAAUGGACCGUUUCAGUGGCAAUGCUGCUGAAAAACUGAUCUACAACCACACUGUGCACAUGGUACAGGCUGCAGCACUAGAUGAGAUGUUCAACCGCGGCACAUCAUCAAUACAGCGCUACCAUAAAGCCCUCUUACUGAUGGAGGGCUUGUCCCGUGUCAUCUCAGAGCAACAGGACAUUGAAAGCAUUGAUAAAUGUAAGCAAUGUAUUGAACGACGUCUUUCUGCUCUGCAGACAUCACUGUACCCUUAAGCUCUACACCUGUGACUGCAGCUCUGGAUUCCAUUUCCUUCAAUGAAGAUGCACCUUCUUAGUUGACUUGAUAAAAGAACUUUGAUC